AUGUCUCUUUGUAUCUUUCAAUCAAUAUUCUAUCUAUUUAUCACACUUUAUUCAUAUCUAUCUAUCUAUCUAUCUAUCUAUCUAUCUAUCUAUCUAUCUAUCUAUCUAACUUUAUUAAUAUCUAUGACACUUUAUUCAUAUCUAUCUAUGAUAUUUUAUUCCUAUCUAUCUAUCUAUCUAUCUAUCUAUCUAUCUAUAUAUAUAUAUAUAUAUAUAUAUAUAUAUAUAUAUAUAAAAUCUGUGUAUGUAUCACACUAUUUAUAUCUAUAUAUGGAAUCUAUGUCUCUAUCUAUCUAUCUAUCUAUCAUACUUCCUUCAUAUGUAUCUAUCAUCUGUCUAUCCGUCUAUAACACUUUAUUCAUAUCUAUCUAUCUAUCUAUCUAUCUAUCUAUCUAUCUAUCUAACUUUAUUAAUAUCUAUCUAUGGCACUAUUCAUAUCUAUCUAUGAUACAUUAUUCAUAUGUAUAUAUAUAUAUAUAUAUAUAUAUAUAUAUAUAUAUAUCUGUGUAUGUAUCACACUAUUUAUAUCUAUAUACGAAUCUAUCUCUCUAUCUAUCAUACUUCAUUCAUAUCUAUCUAUCCAUCUAUCUAUCUAUAUAUCUAUCUAUCGAUCUAUCAUACUUUAUUCAUAUCCAUGAUCUGUCUAUCCAUCUAUCUCACUUUAUUCAUAUCUAUCUAUCUAUCUAUCUAUCUAUCUAUCUAUCUAUAUGUAUAUCUAUGUAUGUAUCACACUAUUUAUACCUAUAUAUGGAAUCUAUCUAUCUAUCAUACUUCAUUCCUAUGUAUCUAUCAUCUGUCUAUCCAUCUAUAACACUUUAUUCAUAUCUAUCUAUCUAUCUAUCUAUCUAUCUAUCUAUCUAUCUAUCUAUCUCAGUUUUUCAUUAUGCCCUUUUCCUUGUCAUUCUCUCUCUCUCUCCCACUCUCUCUUUGUCCUCUAUCACUCUCACACCAGCCGAAAUGGUAACGCUUACAAUAUUUGAAUAA